AUGCGCUGGCUGGUCCCACUUCAAAGUGCGUCCCACCCCAUCGUCGGCUUCGUGGAAGAGGUUCAGGGCCAAGGCCACAUCAACCGCCAGGAUUUUGGUCCGCUCUAUGAUUACGGAUUCAUGAUCAUGGUUUUCAAGGCUGUGUUCUUAAUUAUAUUGCCAUUUACGGGCUCGAGAAUGUCCGAAUACUCGAAUCUUCCAUCUUAUAAUGAAUAUACUGAUGUUUAUGCGGCAUCGACGGCGGAGCAUUGUGCUCUUCAAAGGAUUGUAGGCGAACUUGAUGAGGUUCAACAGAACAUGGAUGCCGAACACGAGUACUACACCCCAAAAAAUGUAUUCAGUCCAGAAAUUAUGAUGACCCGAAGUAUGAUUCAGCAAAAUAUAAUUGAAAGCUGUGUCGAUGAAUCGCCGUACUUUGGCUAUAAAACGGAAGCUGAUCCUCUUUAUGGAACCAUUCGAAAAGAGCCCAAAAAUGACGUGAAUGCUAAUGCGACAAUAAUUCCGCCGGCCGUGCCGGCAAGAAAUCGAAUUGGGGCCGCGUAUCCGGAUCAUUCGCUGGAGCGAAUUUUAGAAGAUUUGAAACUCCCGCAGGAGCAUAAAAGCAAAAUGAGGGAGCGUAUGGAAGCAUGGAGAGACGACCUACAACUCGAUUCCUACGACGCGGGACUUACCAUAGCCCUAAUAAUCGUCAUCGCAAUUGGCCUAAUUGGUGGUGCGCUUUUCUUUAUG